CGCUGUCAGGACGAGAAGUUCGAGCGUUCGAGCGUUCGAGUUCGAAUGCGAGCAUCCAUCGGACGCGCAGAAAGAUAUUCUGUGAUCUGGAGAACGACAUCGGAAGGCCGCCGAAGCAAGAAAAUUUGCGUUUUGUGUUUGAAUCGUUGAAUUUGCACUAUGGCUGGGAAGCCUGGUCAGGCGAUCGAGGAGGAAGAUGCCCGCGAGUUGAAGCUCGGAGAAGAUUUCGUGAAGGCGAAGUGCCUCAUGAACGCUGAGGUUGCGCUGAUCUUGCAGCGAAAGUACGAGCAGCUACAGACAUUUUCUGAAGAUGCCCCCAACCAAAUUUCGCAGGUGUUCGAGAAGUCAUUGCAGUAUGUGAAGCGCUUCAGCCAUUAUCAAAAUCCUAACGCUGUAAAGCAAGUUCGAGAUGUUCUCAGCAGGAAUCAGCUUGCAGAAUUUGAGGUCUGCGUCAUAGGGAAUCUGUGCCCCGAGACGGUUGAAGAAGCCAAGGCCUUGGUGCCCUCUAUUGCUAAAAAAGGACGCAUGGAUGAUGAAAAAAUUGAGCAGAUGAUCCAGGAUUUGGCUACUAUCAAGACUUUUGAGUGAUCUCGACUAGUGGGCUCGCGAUUCCCAUUGUCAUUUUGUUAGUUCCUUCUUCCGGACGUGGGAGUAAUCAUUUUACUUUUACAAUAAUGACAGCGAUACAUGUAUCCUAGACAGCAGCAAUAGCUAACUUCUGAAGGAUUUAUUUAUGGAGGAUCUGUACAUAAGUGUUAGUUUAUAAACCCGUUCGAGAAAAAUCAUCUCAAAUGAUCCCUGAUGCCUCAGGAUCUGAUAAUAUGAUUUCAUUUAGGAGCUCUUUUGGUCCGAAGAUCCUGAACUCGUGACAAGACAGCCUGGAUCAAGGGCAUCUGCACCAUCUUUUUGGCUUCCAAGGAAUGAAUUUCCUGUUGUAGUAAGAGAAUUUUCGGAUUUUGCAUCAUCUUGAUCUUUUCUUUUGAAUCAAAAUUGUUGACGUCACCUGCAGCCGUGGAAGCAAUAAAGUAUCAGACAUUGUACUU